GGGACGGCGGCAGGGAGACGGAGGCGACGAGGGCGGCGGCAGCAGCAGUCGCGGCGGCGGCGCCGCGCUCGCCCCGCUGCCCUGGAUGACGGGCGGCCGGUUCGACUUCGACGAUGGCGGCACCUACUGCGGCGGCUGGGAGGACGGCAAAGCCCACGGGCACGGCAUCUGCACGGGGCCCAAGGGGCAGGGCGAGUACGCCGGCUCCUGGUCCCACGGCUUCGAGGUGGUGGGCGGCUACACCUGGCCCAGCGGCAACACGUACCUGGGCUACUGGGCGCAGGGCAAGCGGCACGGGCUGGGCGUGGAGACGAAGGGCAGGUGGAUGUACCGUGGCGAGUGGUCGCACGGCUUCAAGGGGCGCUACGGCGUGCGGCAGAGCCUCAGCACGCCCGCCCGCUACGAGGGCACCUGGAGCAACGGGCUGCAGGACGGCUACGGCGUCGAGACCUACGGCGACGGAGGUACCUACCAGGGGCAGUGGACAGGAGGGAUGCGACAUGGGUAUGGUGUACGUCAGAGUGUACCCUAUGGCAUGGCGACUGUGAUCCGCUCCCCACUCCGAACAUCUCUAGCCUCGCUUCGGAGUGAGCAGAGCAACGGCACUGUUCUGCACGACAUCACUGCGGACAGCCCCGCUGGAACAAGAGGAGGUUUUGUGCUCAAUUUUCACAGUGACGCAGAAGCCAUGGGCAUUAAGAAAAAAGGAGGCUUAUUCAGAAGAGGAUCCCUUCUUGGUAGUAUAAAACUUAGAAAAUCUGAAUCUAGAUCAUCAAUAUCUAGCAAACGGAGCUCUGUCAGGAGCGAUGCUGCUAUGAGCAGGAUUAGUUCUAGCGAUGCCAACUCUACAAUUAGCUUUGGAGAUGGUGACUGUGAUUAUUGCCCUGUGGAAGACCAUGUUGAUGCCACCACCACAGAAGCCUAUAUGGGUGAAUGGAAGAAUGACAAGCGCAGUGGUUUUGGUAUUAGUGAGCGUUCAAAUGGUAUGAAAUAUGAAGGAGAAUGGCUAAAUAACAGGAGGCAUGGAUAUGGAUGUACCAUGUUUCCAGAUGGCACCAAAGAAGAGGGAAAAUAUAAAAAUAAUGUUUUGGUUCGUGGAAUAAGAAAGCAACUUAUACCAAUACGAAACACAAAAACUAGAGAAAAGGUGGACAGAGCAAUAGAGGGAGCACAGCGAGCAGCUGCAAUGGCAAGAACCAAAGUGGAAAUUGCAACUUCAAGAACUGCACAUGCAAGAGCUAAAGCUGAUGCUGCGGAUCAGGCUGCUCAGUCUGCUCGCCAGGAAUGUGAUAUUGCAAGAGCGGUUGCCAGAGAACUUUCACCAAACUUCUACCAACCAGGCCCUGAUUAUAUCAAACAAAAAUUUCAAGAGGGAGUGGAGAUGAAAGAAAAAUCUGAAGAAAAAGUUCAGGAAAAGCCACCUACCCCAAAAGAGUCACCUCACUUUUAUCGAAAAGGUACUACACCCCCCCGGACCCCAGAAGCAAGCCCAAGGCAUAGUCCUGUUUCUUCUGAGCCUUCUCCUUCCAAACAGCUGAAAAGGCAAAGCUCCACUUCUGGGACAAGACUCGGUCAAGAAAAAAAGCUUUUAGCCACUGAGAAUAUAACACCUACAGUUAACAAGUCUUUAUAUUCAAAAGCACCAGUGAAGGAGGAAAUAGCUGUGAAACAUCAGCCAAAGUUUUCAGCCCAUCACAAUCCCAUCAGCACUGAGAAUGGGGAGCUGCAUGAUCACUACCAUGGUUAUUACGUAAAAGUGAAUCCACCAGUGCUUCCACAGGAGCUCAGGGAAGAAGACGAGUAUGACAAUCCAUCACCGCCAGCACUCGCACAGUUACCACCCGCACAGAAGCCAAGUCCUGCCAGGUCUGGGGGUAAGCCAGAUGCCAAAGAAAACAAACCUGACACAAAAAUUAAGAAACCAGAAUAUACUGCACCAAAGAAUCCAGCUAAAAAUGAGUCUCAUUCACCAGUGGAAAACAAAGUGGAAAACAGCUCGGGCUCUAACUCAGUCAUGAUUGCCCUGGUAAUGCUGUUGAAUAUUGGUCUAGCCAUUCUUUUUGUCCAUUUUCUAACUUGAUUGGAAUUAGGAAAGUGAAGUCAUGACAACUAGUGGUGUUAGCCCACAGUUCUCUGCAGUUGUGUCAUCCGCCUUUUAAAAUGGCGCCAGUCAUACUCAGACACAGGGAAGGAGGCUUGCGAUUAGGAUGGGACGCGAGAGAGAUGAAACUUGGAGAAUUCAGCCAGGGGCUGCUCUGCUGCUGGCUCGUGGCCGUGGGGCGCUCUGAGAGCUGAAGCGAGCAGCCCCAGCGGGAAGCGCGCAGAGCGACCUGCUGAAGCAGCCCCGCCGCUCGAGCGCGUUGGCUUCUGCGUCUCUUCCAGCAGAGUGUGACUAAACUGGAAAUGUUCGGAGCUGCACUUUUUGUUGAUGGAAGCUAACAGCUGCCUUACUAUUUUGCCGUCUGAUGUUUUUAGUGGGGAGAUGGGCAAGCGACUGCCAGAGGAAUGUGGUCAGAGGAUUCUGUUGCUGUGGAAGUGAUUCCAGCGUUCACUCCUCUCUCAUUAGAAGAAAUAGUUAGCAGCAUCAGUCACCAGUCUUAUUCCAUUACCUGCUGCUUUUAACAUCUCCUGCCGUGCUCAGGGAGAUUGAAUUUCAUUUGCCUGUGCAUGAUUCUGUUCAUUCGCUGUUUAUGAAAGUUGAUGUAUAGCCAUAACGUAGUAUGUAGGCCAACCUGGAGAAAGUCACUGUUCUGCCUCGCAGCAGGAGCAGAAAAUGAAAGCAUUGCUUUGUAUUUUCCAUCUGAAGAUGCAAUUCUGAGAUUUGUUUUCCUAAAUGGCAAGAGUCUUUUUAAUUUAAGGUUUAGUAAUAUACCAUAACU